UCGAUCUUUGUCCUACUAAUUGGAAAAAGAUUGUCCUUGGAGCCGUGCUUCUUGCCUCCAAGGUUUGGAGAAAUGGUGGUCUGUGGAGUGUGGAUGACAGCCAGAAUCCCAAGGACAUUGCAGUUGAGAAUAUGGGCAAGAUGGAGAAGUGUUUCUUAGAGCUACUUGAAUUUAAUAUUCAUGUAUCUGCCAGUGUCUAUGCAAAAUAUUACUUCGAUCUGCGUGCCUUGGCAUAUGGCCAUGACGUGUAUUUUCUAUUUGGUUCUCUUCACAAAGAUAAAGCACAGAAACUGGAGGCUGUCACGGCCUGUGAAUACAAAGACUUGCAUCAAGAUGCCGCUGCAAUGAAAAGGGCUGUCAGCAUGAACUUCAUUGGUAUUCAGUGCUCGAAUGCCAUCUUAAAGAGAGAAAUUAGCCUUAAAAGACCCUGAGCUUCUCAACUGUAAAGAGUAGAAAAUAUCACUUCUGCUGAAAGAAACAACAAAAUUAGGAUUUUCUUUUUUUUCUUUGUUUUGUUAUUUGUUUUGUAAAUUGUUUUUGUUGUUGUUGUUGUUGUUAGUGUUUAGGAUUUUCAUCGAGAGGAAGCAUCUUCCAGUCAGCCACAUGGUGGA